AGUGUAUUCUUUUAAUCAUAAAUUCGAAUUUAUAAGUAAUGACUGAAACUGUUACACGCAGCACUUUAGGAGCUGGUGUCCAGUGGGACCAGCGCAUGCUAGCAGUCCGUAAUCAUCCUUAAAAGAUGUGUUACUGCGCAGAUGGGCUACUUACCCAGCCGGGGCAAUGAAUGGUGAUUUUGGAAUACCCUAUGGACUAUAUGCCUCAGGAUAAGGCUUAUGGAGUGUUUUGAAUUGUAUGGACACCACUUAGAAAUAAAAGCGGUAUCUUAAGUCUAAAAUACGCGCACGUGUAUUGUUAGGUCAGUUAAGUGUAAUCUGCUAAAAUCACUGCAAUGGCUUGAACGUCUCCAUAGGAUUAAGGACUAAACAUCGCAAGACGCAGAGUAAAGAGGCUUUGCUUUUUCAUAGCGCGGGGAAGACUGGCCUCUGUGAUCACCGUAGGGACAAGUUAGUGAGAUUCAACUGCCGCUGAUUUGAUUAAACCCAUAUUUGAUGCGUGAGGCUCCUUCCAUAGGAUGGACUUAGGAAAGGUGAAACUCCUGAGGACAGGUCUGAACUCUCUCCAUCAAGCCAUUCAUCCGGUGCAUGGAAUAGCCUGGACUGAUGGCAGGCAGAUUAGCCUUACUUCUUUUUGUUUUGCCGACGGGCAGGCCAAGUUCGGCGACACCAAUGUCAUCGGGCAGUUCGAGCACGUGCAGGGGCUGUACUGGGGGGCGCUCUGCUGCUCGGGGACGCCCGCCCUCCUGGCCAUUCAGCACAAGAAGCAUGUUAGCGUGUGGCAGCUACAGCUCAGCUCGCUGGAGCAGAACAAGCUGCUGUGCAUGCAGACCUGUGAGCUAAGUGAGCCGCUCCCCCUGCUCCCCCAGGGCUGCGUGUGGCACCCAAAGAUGGAUGUCCUGGCUGUACUCACCAAGCGGGAUGCCUCUGUCCUGUUCUCAGUGAGGGUGGACAACAGGAGGGUGAAGGCGCCCAUCAAGGAGGGUGGCCUUAUCCGCUGUGCUUGCUGGACCAAGGACGGUACGCAGCUGGUGGUUGCGAUUGGAAGCGCUCUGCACUCCUACAUAUGGAAUGACAUCGAGAAGACCCUCUUCGCCUGCUCGUUCUGUCCUGUCUUCGACGUGGGUGGUAGCAUCUGUGCCAUAGAGUCUACUGAAGGCCAGCAGGUUGCUGUUACCACCGAGCUCCCAUUGGACAAAAUCUGCAGCCUUAACGCUGGUAUGGCAUUCGAUGUCCCCCCUGAGGCGGAGUCCCCACCCACCUUCUCUCCCAUCCUUGUGCUGAGUGACGACUCCAGUUCUGACUCUCGGAGGAGGUCAGUGGACUUGGAGAAGCUGGGUCGCAUCUCCUUGCCAUCUUCUGGACCGAUCGACUUGACAAACCUUCUCUCAAGGCACAGGAAUUCAGAGCCAAGUCCCCUCAUUCACUUGAGACGCAGGGACCACUUAACGGGGUCUGGCCAGGACUUGUCCCAUUUAAUUCUGGUGAGGUAUGAGCAAAAGGCAACCACAACCCGGAAAGUGAGUAUCCCAGGGAUCUUGGUCCCGGAUAUCAUCGCAUUUGACAGGCGCGGCUGCACCGUGGCUGUGGCCUCCAACACAUGCAAUAUAGUGCUGGUGUACUGCGUCACUCCUUCUUCCAUUCCCAACAUCCAGCAAGUUCAGUUGGAGAAGCACGACAGACUCAAAGGCGUGUGUUUCCUCGACGACAACACGCUGUUGGUCAUGGUAGGAAAUCCAAAGUCCAACGAUUCUACUUUCUUACCAUCUUCAAAUACGGACAAGUACAACAUCCGACUCAUGAUUAGAGAGCUUGUCAAUGAAGAGAGUGGCAGCUUAGCGAGUCCCAGUCAGGAUUCGAGUGCAUGCUUGCCUGGGGUCAGAAGGUUCUCUGAGAGCUUUCCUAAGGAGGCGCAUGCAGGCUUGACGGAUCUUGUGUUGCCUGCUGGGUAUGCGAUCCAGCCACCCAAAAACCGGAAAAAGCUGGUCGAGGAGGUGAAGAGCACUGACUGGAACCCGCUGACGAGUCUGACUGACUUUUCGGACCGAGUGACCUCCAACAUGUCGUCCCUCAACAUAGAGGACUUUAACGUGGAUAUUGCCCACCGGCUGGCUGGCCAGAACUGCAGGGAGUCUGGGCGGCCAUGCUCACCCAGGUUCAAAACCCUGGAGAAGCUGAACUCUCAUCUCAUUCCACCCAAUAGUGGUGGCCCGAUAAGGGAGAGGCCAGCCGAGCAGCUCAAGUGGAACAUAGAGAGCAUAUCUUCUAAGUUUGACGAAGUACAGCAGUGCUUGUUGGAAAUUCAGGAUCUUACCCGGAAUGAGAAGAAGCUGGUGGGGGCCUACCCUUCUGCACUGGAGCCCCCAUUCAUCAGUGUCACCUUUCAGAAGCAGCUUACGGAGGACGUCUUUGUUGACGAGAAGAGGCAGGUGCUGCUCUGUGAUGGAAAGCUCAGCCUGCGCGUCCUCCAGGACCUGUUCAGCUUGACCGUGGUGGAGAUGAUGAACGGUAAUUCAUGGAUCGUGCUUGUGGCAGACGCUUAUGGGUUUGUGCCUCUCACCUUCAAGCCCAAAGACAAACUCACUGUGCGCAACGGAAAGCCUAAAUCACCAGCUGAGCUGCCCUGCAGCGUCGAAGGGCCCCGCUCAGGGAAUCCAUGUGGCUCAUCGCUGGACGUUUGAGUGCAGUAAAGCGUGGGUCUCUAGAGCCGGACCUGCUUACUUUAUGCUUCAACUGAAGGUUUGUAAAUUCACUGAGUCUGUUACACUGAUCUUUAGCAACCUUCAGUUUGAGAAGGUUUUCGUUACAGAAAGGAAGCUUCCUUCAUUUAAACAUCUGUACGAAGAAUUUUGCAUCUGUUACAAGAAAUCCCUGCUUUGGUGACAAAACAGUGGCAUUGUUUUAUACUAUAUUAAAAUUUAUUUGAGAUAUAUAUUUUAAAGACAUUGUAUAGUUUAUUUUUGGAAAUGCUUUUGACUAGGUAUAUGUUUAAGUUUUGAUGAUUUGUCUUUUUCUGUUUAAUUUUUUGAAGAUCAUAUUUUAUAUGGAAAAAAGCUUGACAGCCUGUAUCAUGGAAAUACCAUCCAGAGCCAUUCAGUAAUUUGAAUAUACAUGUAGAUAUAUUUUUUAAAAUAAAGUCUGCAUAGUAUAAUAAAAGCUGGAUAUUAAAACCGAUGUAUGUAGCUGUAGUAUAAGUCACCAUACUGACCUUUUUAUGUGACACGUCUGUGUUCUGUUGCAUUAUGGGGCGGAUGUGGCUCACUGGGUUGGUGCCAGUCAUUGGGGAUCACCCAGUAUCCCGUCCACAUGCCCGUUGGGCCCUAGACCAGGACUCGUAACUCCCUGAAAAAUGCUGCAGAGGUGCUGGACGGUCGCCUACCUCCACAUUCACACCCUGAGCCUCCCUCCUCGUGCGUGUGUCUGUUCAAAGGAGAGCAUGAUGGGAUAUGUGUGAAAACUAGAGGAUUCCAGUCCGUCUGCAUUCAUACUUGUGGAAAUGGAAAAUAAAAAGCAUGAUUUUGUUUCACUUAA